UUUAAAAAGGAACCAUUCAAAACCAGGAAUUCUUUCCAUGGAUUCCUUUUCAUUCCCAAAGCUGGAAAAACAGCAGGGAGAUGGUGUGGGCUGGGAAUUGGGAGAUUUGGGGCUGGAAAUGGGAAGGUUUUGGGUUGGAACUGGGAAGAUUUGGGGCUGGAAAUGGGAAGGUUUUGGGUUGGAAAUGGGAAGAUUUGGGGCUGGAACUGGGAAGAUUUGGGGCUGGGAAUGGGAAGAUUCAGGGCUGGGAAUGGGAAGAUUUGGGGCUGGGAAUGGGAAGAUUUGGGGCUGGGAAUGGGAAGGUUUGGGGCUGGGAAUGAGAAGAUUUGAGGCUGGGAAUGGGAAUAUUUGGGGCUGGAAAUGAGAAGAUUUGGGGCUGGGAAUGGGAAGAUUUCAGGCUGGGAAUGAGAAGAUUUGGGUCUGGGAAUGGGAAGAUUUGGGGCUGGGAAUGAGAAAAUUUCAGGCUGGGAAUGGGAAGAUUUGGGGCUGGGAAUGGGAAGAUUUGGGGCUGGAACUGGGAAUAUUUGGGGCUAGGAAUGGGAAUAUUUGGGGCUCUCUGGACACACCUGCUUUGAAGUUGAGCUCUGUCACUUUUUGGGACUCAGCUCCUCCAAGCCACAGCCGCGCUGGAAUUCAGCCAAACACCAGAAAAUCCAGGAAUCUCCUCGGGAUUUCCCUUUGGGAAACAACCCCCAAACCUCAGGGCCAAACCAACACACAGCGGUGUGACCCCAUAACCCCCCAGUGAGACAGGAUCAUUUUAGAGCUGGAGGGACAGCAUGGCAGCCACGGCCGCCGUCAGCCCCAGUGAAUACCUGCAGCCCGCCGCCUCCGCCGCCCAGGACUCCCAGCCCUCUCCCCUGGCCCUGCUGGCAGCCACAUGUAGCAAGAUCGGUCCCCCCGCCGUGGAAGCCGCCGUGACGCCGCCGGCCCCUCCGCAGCCCACCCCUCGCAAACUGGUGCCCAUCAAACCCGCCCCGCUGCCCCUGGGCUCGGCCAAGAGCAGCAUCGGCAUCCUGUCCUCCAAAGGGAACCUCUUCCAGAUCCAGGGUUCCCAGGUGGGCACCUCCUACCCCGGUGGGCAGCUGGUUUUCGCCAUCCAGAACCCGGCCGUGCUCAACAAAGGCUCGCGCUCCUCCUCCUCAUCCUCCUCCUCGUCUUCCUCGUCGUCCUCCUCCAACAUCCAGUACCAGGCUGUGCCCCAGCUGCAGCCCGGCGGGGCUCAGACCAUCCAGGUGCAGCCCAACCAGAUCCAGAUCAUCCCAGGCACCAACCAAGCCAUCCUCACGCCUUCCUCUUCCUCGCACAAACCCGUGCCCAUCAAACCGGCGCCGGCGCAGAAAGCGGCGACGGGCGGCGUGGUCAAACUGCCCGGGGGUGGCAACGUCACCUUGACCCUGCCCGUCAACAACCUGGUGAGCUCCGAGGCAGGAGGCCAGGCCCAGCUGCUCACGGACAGCCCUUCCAAACCCGGCAAAAAACCUCGGAAAAAGGCUCUGUCCCCCGCCCAGCCGGCCGCCGUGGCCGUGGCCGAGCAGGUGGAGACGGUGCUGAUCGAGACCACGGCGGAGAACAUCAUCCAAGCCGGUAACAACCUGCUGAUCGUGCAGAGCCCCGGCUCGGGGCAGCCGGCGGUGGUGCAGCAGGUGCAGGUGGUGCAGCCCAAGCAGGAGUCGCAGGUGGUGCAGAUCCCGCAGCAGGCGCUGCGCGUGGUGCAGGCCGCCUCGGCCACGCUGCCCACCGUGCCCCAGAAAUCCUCCCAGAACUUCCAGAUCCAGGCGGCUGAGCCCACCCCCACCCAGAUCUACUUCAAAACCCCCUCUGGCGAGCUGCAGACCAUGCUGCUCCAGGAGGCCUCCUCCUUGCCCGUGCCUCCACCUCUGGGCACGUCCUGCGGCAGCCCCGCGUCGCGCAGCCCCGGCCCCGGCGCCGGCCGCAAACCGGCCCCGCGCAAGGAGCGGCCGCUGCCCAAGAUCGCCCCGGCCGGGGGCAUCCUGAGCCUGAACGCGGCACAGCUGGCAGCAGCUGCCCAGGCCAUGCAGACCAUCAACAUCAACGGCGUCCAGGUGCAGGGAGUCCCCGUCACCAUCACCAACAGCGGAGGCCAGCAGCAGCUGACGGUGCAGAACGUGUCCGGCAACAACGUGACCAUCAGCGGGCUGAGCCCCACCCAGAUCCAGCUGCAGAUGGAGCAGGCGCUGUCCGGGGAUGUCCAGCCGGGAGAGAAGAGGAGGAGGAUGGCCUGCACCUGCCCCAACUGCAAGGACGGCGACAAGCGGCCGGGCGAUCCCGGGAAGAAGAAGCACAUCUGCCACAUCCCCGAGUGCGGCCGGACGUUCCGGAAGACGUCGCUGCUGCGGGCGCAUGUGCGGCUGCACACGGGCGAGAGGCCCUUCGUGUGCAACUGGGUGUUCUGCGGCAAGCGCUUCACGCGCUCCGACGAGCUGCAGCGGCACGCGCGCACACACACAGGUGACAAACGCUUCGAGUGCGCGCAGUGCCAGAAACGCUUCAUGCGCUCCGACCACCUGACCAAGCACUACAAAACCCACCUGGUCACCAAGAACUUGUAGGAUCGGGACAGAGAGAGAGAGAGACAGAAAUUCCCUCCCAUCCCAAAUCCCAGGAGGGACCUUGGGGACCUCCCCACCCUCCCGACCGUGCACAGCACCCCCAAAAAAAAUGGGGUGGGGGGUCCCUGUGACCGCCACAGGCUCAGGGUGGGGUGACCCAGAGCCCCCCCAGAGCCCCCCAGGAUGUGGGGCAGGAGAAGGGGACGCCCAAGAGAGGCUCCACAGCACAUUCCUACUUUAUAUUUAAAGUCUAUAAAUAGCUAUAAAUAUCUAUAUAACCCCUUUGGAAAAAAAUCCCUUUUUUUCUAUGGAGAUCGUUGCCUUACACUCCCCCUCUCCCAGAUCCCGACCCCGUGGAUCAUGAGUGCUUUUUUUUAAAAAAAUCUAUUUAAUCCCCUGGAUUUCUCUCCCAAAACCCAAUAUUUUAUUUUUUUCUUCCCCCCCUCGCUCCCAAUUUUUAUUUCUGAGCAACUUUGGCGUUUUUCCCUUUUUUUUUAAUUUUAGGACUUCAUCCCCUUUUUUUUUGUUGGUUUUUUUUUGUGGGAGUUGUGGUUUUUUCUGUUUUUUUUUCCUGUUUAUUUUUUUCUGCUUUUUUUUUUCAUUUCAUUCCCUUUUAUUUUUAUUUUUUCAUGGUUUCUUCAUUAUUUUUUUUUUUAAAUUUCAGGACUUCACCCCUUUUUUUUUCUAUUUUUUCCCCCCCAUUUUUCCUGCCCAGUGUGUGCAGAUCCCCCCACCCCGUGUACAGUGUACAUUGUAUCAUAGAUUAUAUUGCUUUGGAGCUUUUAAAUUAAACAAAAUCCACUUUAUUUUUUAGUUGUUGUUCCCGUUUUCCCUGGAUUAUGUGACGGAUCUGUUCCCAGUUUUCUGAGCUGUACCCGGAGGCAGCCGGGAGCUUUUCCUUGCUAAAUAAAUUUAGUCACCAGAGGCAAAUCCAGGCUCCUUCCCUCUCUCUCUUUUUUCCAUUUUUUUCCCGGGAAUGUUGUGGAAAAGCGGGAUUUGGUGGAUGGGAAUGCCCAAAAUUGAGGGAAUUUGGAGUUAUUGGCGGGAAAAUUGGUGCUCUGGUGUUGGUGUGAGGUUUGUCCCCAAAUCCUGGCCCUUGUCACGGCAUCCCAAAUGUCCCCAAAUCCCUGUCCCC